AUGCAAGAUCCAACUUUAAUGACAAUCGAGAGAAGCAUUGCUCAUGACUAAAAGUUCCAAAACCUCUCAUUUAAGCAAAUCAUUAAAACGCUAAAAGAAAACAAAGUUUACCCGACAAGAGCUGACAACGGAAUGAAUCCUUUUCACCUUGCUUGUAGAAAUGGAAGUCUCGAUAUAGUGCAUUAUUUUGUUUCAGAAGCUGGAUAUAACAAGGAUGAGCCAAAAGAUAAUGAUUCAGGGAAGGCGACGGGACUAGCAAUCGCCUUGGCUAGAGGACAUUUUGAAGUAGCUACCUACCUGAUAAAUAAAGAUGCUUCAGUUAGCCCUUAUAUCUUCUAUGUUUCUUGCAAGGUAUUUUAAAUCUAGUCUUAACUAAAAUAGCAUUAAAAUCUAGCAUUUCAUCAUCUGCUUCUUGAUAAACUUAGAGAGUAAGGCUAUUCAAAUGAUAUGAUUACAUCUGCUAUUGUUAAUGGCAGAUUCGAUAAUUCUAAGUCAACUCCUUUAAUGAGAGCAUGCCAGUAUGGAAGCGUUUAAACAGUCAAGUUUUUGAUUGACCAACUCGGGGCUUAGACUGAUCUAACAAAUAAAAAUGAUGAAAAUUGCUUGAUGAUAGCUGUGAGAUACAGACAAAAGGAGGUUGUAAAAUUCCUCUGCGAAAAUGUAGUUAGGCCUAAUACCCCUCUUGAAGUAGAUUAUGAAUGCUCAAGGAAUGGAUUAACAGCCUUUGCUAGAGCACUCUUUUAACAUGACUUUGAUAUAGCAGAUAUUAUACUUUAACAGGGAAAAGCAUUCAAAGGUUAUGUAAACAAAAAGGAAGGGAAAUCUAUUUUAGAAUUAGCUUAGAAAGCGAAAAAUUAAGCUGCAGUUAACUAUAUCAAUGGAGCUCAAGGUGGAGCUUAGAAACAGACUGUUGUGGAAACCAAAUUUGACCAGAAAUAAUUCUUUGAGCCUCCUUCUUAAAAAAGUCAUCCCUCAAAGCAAAACUAUCAACCAUAAAAAAGAACAGAUGAAGAUUAAGGCUCAUCUGGUAUUUCUCUUAAAAAAGAACUUAAUCCUAAGCCAUUAUCGAAAAAUACAUCUGCUAUAACAAAACUGUAAGAAGUUGUUUAAAACACUCGUGAAGCAUCACCUCAAAACUCCAGAAAUGGAAGUUAAAUGAUUUAAGAUAGCGAAAAUAAAGAUAACUCUAAUAGUUAUGGUUAGGAUAGGACUUAAGAAAAUCUACUAAUUGAAAACGUGACUUCUGUCGUACAGGAGACAACUCCUGUUUAAAGCCAGAGAAAGGAGCAAAAGAAUGGUUAGUAAAUUCAUCAGUAAAACUUCAAAAGUGACAAUGGUCCAGUAACCUAGAAAGUUCAAAAUAUUCCCAGUCAAGUUCAAAUGAGUAUGAAAUAAGAAGCAAAUAAGUACGAAGAUAUAUUGGAAAGUGAGGAGUAGCAUGAUGGAUCUGACAAUGUAAAUUUGGGUAAUAGACCAGACUCUAGAGACUCAUUAAACUAAAAUGCAGCUUAGCAGAAUAAAAUGGAAACAAUGAAUAAGCUUAAAAAUCUUAAGGAUGAGUAUAGAAAGAAAUACAAAUAUAAGAACCAAUUAUCAGCAGGUACAGGAAUUCCACCUAAAAAACAUUGA